AUGGCGGUGCAGACGAUGAUCAGCGCAUCAUCAUCUUCUUCUACGAGCACGCAAACUGUCGAGGAUCUCAAAGAGCGUUUGCUUACCGCUGUUGAAAAUGUAAGAUAUACAUUACAUUACAGUUUUUAAUAAUUUAAACAUCAUAAUUAAUCACACAAAACGGGCAAUUUGUUUUUGUUUUAUUUUCCACUUGUUUUUCGUUCCAGAUAGUAAAUAAAGUAAAUUUUUUAUAAUUGUUACGGUUUUUCCGACGAAAAUUUCAGCUUUUAUUUAAAUUAAAUUCAAAAAAUGGGUCAAACUAAAUUAUAAAAGUCUGAAAAUCUUGUUUCUUUAGGAGCAGGAAGAUGUAUGCAGUACACUGCUCGAUGAUCUGCGAAAAGCUGUGACAAAUCGCGAAAUUCUUGAGGUACAGUUUUUUCAACAAAGCAUUCCAGUUUUACUGGGCAAAAAGAACCCAAGCGCCUCUGUGCUUGUCUUUUGCCUCGAAUGAAACGAAUUUUGCCCCUCCCCAUUUUUCUCUCUAUUCCUCUCCAUCUCUAACCCCAGCUGCUAGCGUCUCUUUUCUUUUUUGUUGUUUAUUCAAUCGAUAUACGUCGGCCUUUUUCUUGUUUCUCAUGCAGUAGAAAAAGGAAAAGGCGGGAAAAAGGGGAACAAUAGGGGGCAAAUUUGUUUCAUUGAUGAUAAUAACGAUAUAUACAAAGAAAAGUGCAAAAUUGGUCUAACAAGACCAAUUUUGCACUUGAAAAACAGAGUAUCCCCGCCAAAACGUGUUUCGUGUGCUACGCAACGCGUUUUUCUCUGGGGAUUGAGUUAAAACACAUAUAUUCAGAUUAAAACCAUUGAGAAAAUUUAGAAUUUAGGUAAAAAUCGCGAUUCUUUCUAAAAAUUGCAAGUGUGCUCUGCUGUAAUGUCGAAUUCUCAUUAGAGCAAAGUUGUAUUUUUUUUCAACAUGCUUUUUUUAAAUUGGAUGUUCGAUAGAGCGUACUUGUUAUUUUUUAAAUUAAAAUUUGAAAUGUAUUUCCAAUUCAUCAAAACAUUAAAAUGAAAAUUCCAGAUAACACGCGUCGGUUUCCACGUGAACAACGUUCGUAAAAACUACCUCAAAAAAUGGCCAGUUUUGUCGAAAAAGUGUCGAGACAUGAUCAAAGCGUGGCAGGAUUUUGUCAGCAUCGAAGAGGUUUUUGAUUUUUGCGCAAGAAAACUCAAAAUAUCUUGCGUUGUUCCAGAGAAAUCGCAGCGGUGCAUCGUCAACCAAUACAACUCCAAGCUUAGCAUCGCCAAGUAUGGCAAAUUUGGCGAGACGUGGUAUUACACCAAAUACACCGUUGAAUAGAAGGGUUACUAGUACUGGUUUACAGGGUAAGAAUGGGUUUCUCUGGAAAACAGUGUUGUAGAAUGUGAAGGGAGUGUUUCGUCUGAAAAAGUAAAAAAAAAAAGGCCAACCAUGUUUGCUCUAUCGCACACAUUUAUUCAUUUCUGUGUACUUCUCGUGGAAUUCAUAACGUUUUGUGACAAAAAAUACGAUUCAUCAAAAAACUAUUUAUCCUGUUGAAAAUGUUCGUAGCUAGAUGUUUUUUUUGUGAAAAAAGUUGCAAUAAACAGGAAAAAUAUAGUUUUGACAUUUGGUGAAUCGAAUGUUUUUUUUGUCAAAAAAAUUUGUUUCGAUAUGAUAAGGUUUAAAUAGGUUUAAGGUUCGAUUAAAUAAUAGAUAUUCAAAAACAGACAAAGAAAUUCCAGAUCCAUUUUCUAACCAAAAAAUUUUUUUUUUAAUUCCUCAAAUUGCCACGUCAAAGCUCACGUCAAAAAUUUGCAGGUCGUCUCAGCGCCACAGUUUCUCCUGCAAAUGGUUCAUAUGCUCCAAGAAGUAGUCAAAUUUCACCUCUUGGUGCUCCAUCAACAUCUUCAGCUCCUAACGGUCAUCCAAUUCACAAAUCUCAAUCAGUUGGCGGCGAAUUAUUAAAUAAUCAAGAAGAAGUGUCGAAAAAACGAAAAGCUGCAGAAGAAUCGGCCAGCAAUUUACCUCAAAUCAAACGCACAAAAACAGCAGCCGGUUCGCUGGUUUCGCCUGGAAUUGUGUCUGGUGGAGCUUCGGCUGUUUCGGAUGCUAGAAAAGCAGUGCAAAGUACGAGGGAUUUAUUUGCAGCGAUGGUUGGAAAUUUGCCAGAACAUAUGAAUAUUGACACGACUAUACGAGAACAUGAGGAAAGGAUAAAAAGAGAACAUAAAGAUGAAGAGGUAAUAGUUAUAUCAUUUUUUUUUGAAAAAUAUUCAAGAAAUUUUAUAUUAUUCUAGCUCGCUCAACAACUUCAAGCUUCUUCUCAUUUUGGCCCAACUGAACGGAAAAAGCGAAAAUAUGAAAAGAAAAACCAUCAAAACGGAGGAAAUUCGACAAACUCCAUCAAAAACUUGACAAUAAAUCCAGAAAACGGGGCAGAACCGGAAAAACCGCGAGGCGGAAUAGUUUUGAAAUUUAGCAGAAAUGGAACAAGUGGUGUUCAAGUGAUUAAUCGAAAUGUGGCGCCAGAAGAAUCGGAAGCGAAAAAAUCGAUAGCCCGAGAAACAACUCCACCAAUACCGAAACCACUAAUAAAAUUGAAGUUGAAAGAAGAGAAAAAGAAAGAGGAAUCGGUGUUUUUGGAAGGAAAAGAUGAAAUUGAUGGUCCGUCGACUUCGUCAAAAACUACAAAUGAAAAGAAGAACAAGAAAAAAGAUUGGAAUAGUUUGAUUCCAACAAUGGAACAACUCAGAAUUCGGGCUGAAAGAGAUGAAAAAGAAACUGAAGAAUUGUUGAAAGAAGUGUCAGGAGAAACGAAAUUCGAUCCGACGAAAGUUCAAAAAAUCAAGAGUUUCAGAAGGCCCAUUUUGAUGUUACCGUAUUUGGACAAUCCAUUGGGACCUGAUUUUUUGGUUCAUGGGUUAGUUUGUUUUUCGACCAUUGUUUGUUCGAAAAAACUUUGAUCAUUGGAAAGUUAUCAAAAACUGAAUUUUACUACAGUUUCUGUGUAGUACAGAAGAUUGAAAAAAAUUGGACUGAUUAUCAAAAAAAAAUUUGUGUGUCUGACUUUCACUUCAAACACUUUACAAUUGAGAAUAUGAAAAUAAGAAUGUCUUUUCUAUCCACAUCAAAUUUCACGUUAAAAAUAUAAUUAAAAGUAUCUUCUUUUUCUACAAACAUAUUUUUUCAGCUACCGCAACAGCCUGCAAUAUUAUUCCGAAGACAAUUUCCUCUACGGCGAAGCACGUCCCGAUGAGAAAAAUGUCAAAGAAGAAGAAGAAUCUUCCUAG